AUGGGGAGGAAGGGCACCCCGGGCCCCCACAGCGAGGCGGCGGACGCCGACACGGACGGGGAGGCCGAGGCGGGGCAGGCGGCGGCGGCCGGGGCCGGGGCCGGGGCGCAGGAGGCCGAGGCCUGGCCGCCCGGGGCCGGCCCGGGGCCGCCGCUGUGGCGCCUGCCCGAGGAGCUGCUGCUGCUCAUCUGCUCCUACCUGGACUCGCAGGCCCUGGGCCGCCUGGGCCAGGUGUCCCGCCGCCUGCAGCGCUUCACCAGCCGCGACCUGCUGUGGCGCCCCAUCGCCCGGGCCUGCCUCAACUCCGGCUUCACUCGGCACGGCACCGAUCUGGUGACCAGCAUUCCAGUGAAGGAAAGAGUGAGGGUCUCACAGAACUGGAGACGGGGGCGCUGCCGACAGGGAACAUUGCUCAAGUGGAGACGCAAUCUGAUGCCCUGGAUGCAGCUAGAGGGUGGCUGUCUGUACCUCUCCCAAGCUGAAGACAUCCGUGCCUACCAGCUCUGCCCAGAUGGUUCCAGCUUACACCGCCGGCCCCUGGCCAUUUUUUCUGGUCAUGAGGAGGAUGUGUGCCGUUUUGUGCUGGCCAGUUCACAUGUUGUCAGUGGAGGAGGAGAUGGGAAGAUUGGUCUUCAUAAGAUCAAUGGCACCUUCAGCAUCAAAUUCUCAGCUCAUGAACAGGAGGUGAACUGUGUGGACUGUCAAGGGGGGGUCAUUGUGAGUGGCUCCAGGGAUAGGACAGCAAAGGUGUGGUCUCUAUCCUCGAGCCAGCUGGGGCAGUGCUUACACACCAUACAGACUGAAGACCGAGUCUGGUCCAUCGCCAUCAGUCCUUUACUCAGCUCCUUUGUGACAGGGACGGCUUGUUGUGGACAUGUCUUACCCCUAAGAAUCUGGGACCUCACUAGCGGGCAACUGAUGACACACUUGGGCCGGGACUUUCACCGAGGGGCUGGAGUGCUGGAUGUCCUGUAUGAGACACCCUCUACGCUGCUGUCCUGUGGCUAUGACACUUAUAUCCGAUACUGGGAUAUCCGAACCAGCUCCCAGAAAUGUGUGAUGGAGUGGGAGGAGCCUCAUGACAGCGCCCUCUACUGUGUGCAGAGCGAUGGAAACCACAUGUUGGCCAGCGGCUCUUCCUACUAUGGUGUGGUACGACUGUGGGACCGACGCCAGAAAGGCUGCCUGCAUGCCUUCUCGCUGUCAUCUCCAACCAGCAGCCCUGUUUACUGCCUACGUUUCAGCACUACACACCUCUAUGCAGCAGUAGCCUCUGCCCUCCAUGUUCUUGACUUCAAGACUCCGUGACUGGCUGCCCUGACAGUAAACUGACCCCUCCCCACACAGGACCGGGUAGAAGGCCUAUUCAGGAUCAGCCUCCCUAGUCCUGGCCUGAAGAGAGCAGCAAGUGACCCUGUGAUCGUCAGACUCUGUGCUUUUAAGCCAAAGACCAUUGGCAUUUGGUAGUCUCAAUGUUUCCAUUUGGGAGAAGGGCUGUUCCCUAUGUCCAUAUCCAGCCAGCCAACCACUUUGGAGCCUGCUAACCUAAGAGAGUGGGGUCUGGACUGGGGACUCUGUCUUUGCAGGACCUUGGGGCAGGUGGAUGAGUACUCCAACAUGUGCAUUGAGCCCCCAUGACCAGCCUGCAAAGACAUAAGAAACCUUCAUAGCCUUCCCAACUGGCCUGUCAUCCCAUGUAUCCUACCUACUCUUCUCUAACUAUCCUUCCUGCUGGACGGGAUCAAUCUUCAACUCAAUCAGGACCACGUAUAGGUGAAACAAGCCCAGACCCCUGGGGAGGGAAGAAGAGUAGGACUCAUUUUUGGAAAGCCUUCAGGCCCUGAGCUCCCUAGGCAAACCAGAGGACACUGGAGAUUCAGCUGGAUUGAUUUCUGAGCCAGUCUCUCUGGCCUGGCCCUGUUUUGUGGGGUACUAUGGGAAAUUAUAUUUUUAAUUUAUUUUUUUAAAUAAACCUCAGCUGUUAAUGUGGA